CACAAACAAACAAAAUUGAAUUGACUGAAUUCGACUUCGAUCAAAUUGUUGAUGAUUUUGAAAUAUAAACAAAUACAAAAAUCUCUUUCUUAUCACAACAGCAAGCAUAAAAUGCUGUAUUGUUUGUAACAAUGUUCAUUGGAGAAAAAAGUAUCUUGCCUUCGUCUUAAAUUUUUAUUAUGUCCGCUCGCAAUUAUUUGUCUGCUCGAGAGAAAAGUAACAAGUUAGGAGACUGUUUGCCGAAUAUUAAUUAUCAGAAGUUUGGAUUUCGUUCAGGGCAGGAGUUUUCAGCUUAUUCUGCCAAUACUAGUAAUCUACUGAACAGGAAUAUAAAUUAUACAUAUGAGCCCUACGAUAGUGUUGAGCGUGCUGGCACUCCGUUUUCGGACUUCUUUUCUGAGAGUGAAACAGGUACUCCAGACUUCCAAAGUGAGGAAAGUGAUAGCAGUUCCGGUUCAGUGCUGCGCAGGAACACAGCGGAGGCGUCCAAGAUCUUAGCAGCGGAGUGGGAAAGAAUUGAGAGGACCCUAUAUGAUGAGGAAGGAGAGAAGUGCAACAGGCCGCAGAUUGUCGAGGAGUGUAAGCAAUGGAGGCAGUUGCACCCUCAGCUUAGGGUCGUCGGUAAAGGGCUACCGCUACCCGAGAAAAGGUUAUGCUACCGCCAAAUGGACCACGAUGAGGUCAUCGCAGUACAUUACAGCGACUAUGAACAGUUCAGUGAAAGCGAAGAGAGACUCUCACAGAGCAGCACUGACGUCACGCCACAGAACUCCCCACGAGUUUCCAUUUGCGAAGAAGUCCAAGAGUCCAAGCUUUCACGUGAGAAAGUCUCUUUCUAUCCCAUGUUUGAUGAUGAACCCGGCUUACCUGACUCCUUUUGCUCGCUACUCCAAAUCACGCCACUACAAAUACGAAGCCCGUCUCAGAGGAAAAGGUAUAACCCGUCCAUCUUGAGGUCUGAACUCGCCUCGUCCCGGUGGAUGAGAACUUCUCGACCGGAUUCUUCUAUUAAUUGUGAUAGAAAUAGUGCUAAGUCAUUUGUCUCUUUGGACACAAGGAACUAUGGGAACAUAGCCCUUAGUGCGUCGGAUCAUAAUAAGUUAUACGGCAGAGUAGUCACAGCGAGGCAUAGAGAUCUUGCGAGGUUAGAGCCUUUGUGCUCACCAGAGUUACAGCAAAGUGACAUCACGAGAUUGACCAACGGUAUUCCUCAGCAAUAUAGUUUAAGGAAGGUUUCGUUGCCACCGCUUCUCCUUGAUGAAGAGAAGAGAAAGGCAACAGUAAAUUCGGCGAAGAAGUAUAAAAUUCGUAAGACUUUACCAAAGAAUAUUUUUCAGUUGAAGUGAAACUUGAUUUCUGAUCUUAGCAGGUUUUUACUGCCAAUUAGUUUGUGAUUUCACAAUGUCUUAAUUGAAUGUCCAACUGUAGCUACUUAUAUAGGGAAAUCUCAAUCUACCUCUUGGUGAGAAUGCACCCGAUAUUUCACAUUUAUAUUCAUUAUUUUCAAGUGCUCUAAAAUCAUCAAAAUUUUUAAUUUAUAUAGUAACAAUUUUUUUUAUAAAGGAGGUUUUCGACCUCAACGCAGUUCUUGUGUCGGAGUGAUGAACUUACGAAUGGUCAAUUAUUAACUGAAUUAAAUAGAAGAGUUAUUUUCAAAGAAUCAUAUUACAACAUUUUAUGGGAAAAUAUAUCCGUGAAUUUCGUAAUUUUUGAUGUGUUUUUGUAGUUUAAUGUACGCAAACAAAAAUGGCGGCCCGUUUUAAUUUUCAUGGAUUUUGAGCACCUAAUGACUUCACUAAUUUAUGAUGUGUUUUCCUAGUCUAAUUGCUAGUCUUAGUAUUUAUUAUUCCAGUGAAUGAUAUUGUUGUGUAUCUUGAAAAUGUUUACUAAAAAUUAUGACUCAUCAAAUAUUGAAUGGAAUGAAUGAAUAUAUUUUCUGUAUGAGCGAAAUUUCUGUAUUUUUAAUUUUAGAACGCAUAAAAAUUAGUAUAGUAUAUAAAUAUCGAAAUACGGAUUUGCUUUCCACGAGUAGGAGACUAGGGUGGGCCAAUGACCGUAGUUCAGGAAUCGGUAAUCGGUUUUUAUUUGAUGGAAUUUCCGUGCACCCACGUCCACCUUAAAGGAGAACCUUACUUAAUUUGGAUCAUGGUUACAGGUGCCUGACUGUGCAGGUUUUCUCACGGUGUUUUCGCUCAAUAUAAGAGCAUCGGCUAGAAAUCAAACUAAUGUAAGUACGCAUCUAAGAAAACAAUCCUACGAACAAUCCAAAGAAGAGAUUCCAACUAGAGAAAUGCGAGCAAGUGUGUGUACUUUGAAACUCACCUUUAAAUCGGUAUUCAUUUGGAAAUAAAAAAAUCACAACACAAUUUCAAAUACAAAUACAGAAUUUAUUUUGAUAUUUACAUUAUUUGCAUUUUAUUAACAAUCAACAUCAACAAUAUUAAAUAAUUUGUUCUCGUGGUGUGAUACAUUUUGAACAGUCAAGUAAUAUUACAUUUGUCUUGUGUGUCUAUGAUAUAGAGUUAAAAAAUAUGUUUUUUCUUUUUAACCCUAUGAUUAUGACAGCGUUCCAAGGCCAGUGUAAUAUUUCUUUAGAUUUACAUGGUGGUUUUAUUCUGUAAAUAGUUAACUAGAAGCGGUGAAAUAUGGGACUGAAACUUGAGCAACUGCAAAGAAAGCUGUGAGCUUAAUUUUUCAGGUUGCCAUUUAUUUUUUUUAA